ACACACAGACAUGUACAUACACACACAGAAACAUGUACACACACGCACAGAGACACAUGUAUACACACACAGGCACGUACAGACACGCAGACACAUGUACGAUAUACAUAUGUACAUACACACAGGCACACACCCUCCCCAUAAAAAGUUGCAGUACUUCGUUGUUCACUCACAGAGCUGGGUACUGCACUCUAGGGGGAGGCAGAGAGCACAGCACACACUCCUUCCUUUGCUUUCACUGCGCUCAGCUGUUGAGCAGUCUGACAGCUCCCAGUGCCAAUGACCAAUCCGGCCUGAGCUCUGAGCCUGCUCAGCAAGAUUGCCCUGGGGGACACACUUGCCCCCACCAUAAUUUUUCACUCGCUAUUGGCGAGCAGGCGAGUGGAAAUUUCAAUGGC